CUCAAUCCUCCAUGUAUGUAAUCUCCAACCCCCACUUCUCUUCUUCCAAUUCUUAAGAACAAGCAAAAAAAAGUUCAAUUCCAUUUCAAUCCCAAAUGGGGAAGAAGAAAAAGUUUGUGAUUUUAGUCCUCAUUUUCUUGAAUCUUCCUUCUGGGUUUUCUUUAGCCUCAGCCACACCCACUGCAAUCUUUGGGAUAGUGACCAAUGUCGUGCCUGCAUUUUUCCACUGGGUGGUAUCACUAAUCUCCGAGACUGAACCAGAAUAUCAGCCAAGCAUCAAACUGAUGAAAGGUUGGGUUUUUGCAAUUCUUUUGUACCUUUUUCAUCAGAUAUAUCCAUCUGUUCAAUGACGAAAUUCGAGAGGGGAUACAGAGUUGAGACCAUCUUUGAUGGAAAGAAAUUCGGAGUUGAGCCACACUCCGCAGUGGUUUCACCUGUGAGAGAACAAGUCUUCAUUUCUGAUUCUGAAAAUAACAAUAUUUACAAGAUUUCAACACCACUCUCUCUCCAUAGCCAACCUGUGUUGAUCACUGGAUCGCCGGAAGGAUGUUGUGGACACAUUGAUGGGGAGUUGAGAAACGCAAGGAUGAAUCGCCCGAAAGGGCUAGCUGUGGAUGACACUGGAAAUGUAUAUGUUGCAGAUACCAUGAACAUGGCCAUUAGAAAAAUCUCUACCAAUGGAGUGGUUACAAUUGCAGGAGGGAAAUGGUUAAAGGGAGAAGAAGGGGACAUGGAGAGAGCAAGCGAAGAUGCAAAGCUUUCAAGCGACUUUGACGUGGUUUAUGUUCGAAGCAGCUGCUCGCUUUUGGUUAUUGACAGAGGAAACCGAGCAAUUAAAGCCAUCCAGCUUCACAGGACUGACUGCUCUCAUCACAAUCACAACAGUUCCCAUCCAUGCACAUCACUUGUUGUUGCUUCCUGUUUGUUUGGUUACAUGUUGUCUCUGUUACAACGUAGAAUCGGCACAAUUUUCUCAUCGAAUUGCAGCAAGAAAUCUGAAUCAGCAUCACUAGGAAGAGCAUUGUUAAACACUUGCUCAUCUGUUGUUAAAUUCUGCUCCCAUUCAUGCUCUUGGCGGUCAAAGAACCAAUCAUACGCAGUUCAUCAUCAUCAUGAAGAAGAUGACCAUCAACCAAUUAGAACGAAACAACACUCUUCGGUGAACAAAACACCACUCUUUGGCUUUCAUCAACACCAUCACAAGAAACAGACGUCAAGACCACAGACUCAUUACAUGGAAGAACACAGCAGCGAGAUGAUUGUGUUUGGGGCAGUUCAGGAAGACGAAGGAUUUCGCCAGUCCAAAUAUUGUGGUGCUUUUGAACACAGCUGAGAUCAUUCUCAUCCACCAUAUAACCAUUAUCAUAGUAUCUGUUUAUGGAUCUUGAUGAAUAUAUGUUACUCUCUCUAUAUGUCUAUGUAUGAAUAGUGUAUACUCAUCUUUUGUCUUGAAAAACUUUGAAUCUAGUUUUUAAAUAUAUAAUUUAUGUUUUUAAAUUUUGAACCAAUCUCUGGAUAACUUCAAUAAAAAAAAAUAACAUGAAUCGAACAUUAUAAACCGCAAGACAUGAAUAACUACAGAAGAAAGGG